UUCUCUGGAGACGGUACUUAAGGCAACUCUUGUCAAAAUAUCGUAGUCAACAACCAAAACGGAAAAGCAAAGCGGUGUUGAACAUACUCCAGUGAGCGCAACCACAGCAUUUCCAGACUGAAGCAAGAUUGGAAAGGACCGCACUGGUGAAAAACGGGCAGAAUGUUCAUAACAUCGUGUUUUCUUUGUGCCGUUAUCCUUGCUACUGGCAGUUCGUCAUCGCCAAUGAAUGAAACAUGUGACGCGCUGGCGAGACGCUGUGAAACGCUGCAGAAUACGCUGGCCGACCAUAACGAGCUCAUGGGGACAGAGUGGCCCGUGGCGGAUGACAAGGCGAAUCAGACAGCGCAGACCGAGAAACUGAUUUGCCGUUUCAUGCAGGAAUCCGCGCAAUGUUUAAACGCCUUGCACCACGACUGUCCUACACAGCCGCUGCAUGGUGGAAACAGCCACUUUAUAGCCACAUGGCUGACAUUCAUCGCCAAACUUUGUGACCCAGCCUCCCCUGUGCAAACCUAUGUACCGGUCCUGGACUACUGCUAUAAGGAGAAUACUGGUAUUAUUCGAGCGGACAUACCGAUGCUGCAUUCUCAGCUGGUUUAUGUGCAACAGUCCGUCAAUGCUUCCACCGCUCGAAUAAACGCUUGCAGGGCGCUAUCCGACAUCGCGGCACACAUGAACGGAACAGCUGCAGCAAUUAGAAAAAAGUGCGGUGAGGAAGGCCUGCGAAUUCUGUUGGAUGGCGCCGGAUAUCUUCUAGCGACUAAUUGCCCAAAUUGAGCGCGCCUUUUAUUUCGGCUGUCUAUUUAUUGUCGUUGCAAUAAAAUAUUUUUGUUGAAGCACAGGCGGCUUUUGACACAAUCUAAUGCGGCGGAAGCCACUAAACGUUAGCUGCUUCGACGUCGGCACCAACACGGCACUGCAGAGUGCGACUCAGCUUGAUUUUACACUGUAGACAAACUUCUAUUUCACUUACACGGAAUUGUGGCGGAAAUUUUAGAUAUUUUUAAAAAAAAAUUUCCUUUACUGGCAAACAAUAUCUGCAA